GGAAAAACCCUGUUUUUUCCCCCGGACUACAACUCCCAUCCUCUUCCAGGCGGUGGCUAGAAUUUUGCGGGCGAGAGCUUAGCCAGAGCCCCAAAGGUCUCAUUUAAAAACAAAAACAAAACUACAACUCCCAGCAUCCCCAGCCAGCGGAGUGGGGCAGUAACUGGGGAUGAUGGAACAUGUAGUCUGAAAAUAAUUGUGCGACGUGGCCCGAAAGGAACGGCGUUACUUUCCUCUGAAGAGUAACGAAGCUGGGCUGGAGAGGCCACAGAGCCUUCUCUUUCUUUGGCAGAGCGUUACUUUCUCCUCUUGGCGUUACUAGUCCCUGGUGAGGUCUGGAGUAAUGUCACGGAGAAGAAACGAAAGGGGAGGAUAUGAAGCUCUGGUGGGAAGGGGUGAAUGUUCAGAUGCAGAAGAUGAUGUUGAGAAUCAAGGUGGAAGGAAGAAGCUGGUAGAAAAUCAAGAAGACAAGCCGAGGGACAAAUCCAUUGCUCGUCUAGAAGAAGCCCAAGUCCAUCAGAAAGCCUCCAAGGGAGAUCAAAGCAAUGAAUGCCCCAAAUGCAGGAAAACCUUUGCCCAUAAAUCAGCACUGGAUCGCCAUGAGAAAGUUCAUCGCAGGAAGAAACCGUUUACCUGUCAAGAGUGUGGAAAGAGUUUCCAUCAGUCUGCAAACCUUGCUAAACACCUCAGUAUCCACACAGGUGCGAAGCCAUUUGAAUGCUUGGAAUGUGGAAAAAGUUUCGGACAGAGGGCACAUCUUACAACCCAUGAAGGAAUUCAUUCGGGGGAGAAGCCAUUUAAAUGUCUGGAAUGUGGGAAAAGCUUCAGUCAACGUGCAAACCUCGCUACCCAUCAUAGGACCCACACAGGCGAGAAGCCAUUUAAAUGCCAGGAGUGCGGGAGGACCUUCAGAGUGAGGGAACAUCUCACAACCCAUGAAAGAAUUCACUCGGGGGAGAAGCCAUUUACCUGCUUGGAGUGUGGAAAAAGCUUCAAUCAAUGUGGAAGUUUUGCUAGACAUCACAGGACCCAUACGGAAGAGAAGCCUUUUGAAUGCCUGGAGUGCGGAAAGAGUUUCAGUCAACGUGGACACCUUACGACUCAUUGCAGGACCCACACAGGCCAGAAGCCCUUUGAAUGUCCGGAAUGUGGGAAAACCUUUGGACAGAGAGCACAUCUUAUAUCCCACGGAAGAAUCCACUCAGGGGAGAAGCCGUUUAAAUGUUUAGAGUGCGGAAAGAGUUUCAGCCAGAGCUCAAGCUUGAAUUCCCAUCACAGAAUCCACACAGGGGAGAAACCAUUUGAAUGUAAGGAAUGUGGGAAAACAUUCAGGUUGAAAGCACAUCUCGCAGCCCAUGAAAAAAUUCACUCAGGGGAGAAGCCAUUUAAAUGCCUGGAGUGUGGAAAGAGUUUCGGUCAACAUGCAGACCUUGCUAGACAUCACAGAACUCAUACAGGCGAGAAGCCCUUUGAAUGCCUGGAAUGUGGGAAAACCUUUGGACAGAAAUCACAUCUUAUAACUCAUGAAAGAGUUCACUCAGGGGAGAAACCUUUUCAGUGUCUGGAAUGUGGAAAGUGUUUCGGUCAACGUGCAGUGCUUGCCACACACCUCAGGUCUCACACAGGCGAGAAGCCUUUUGAAUGUCUGGAGUGUGGGAAAAUGUUUGGACUGAGAGAAAGUCUUACAACCCAUGAACGAAUUCACUCAGGAGAGAAGCCGUUUAAAUGUGUGGAGUGUGGAAAGAGUUUCAGUCAACAUAUACACUUUGCUAGACACCACAGGACUCACACAGGCGAGAAGCCCUUUGAGUGCCUGGAGUGUGGGAAGACUUUUGGACUGAGGGAAAGUCUUACAACCCAUAAAAUGUUUCACUCAGGGGAGAAGCCAUUUAAAUGUCCAGAGUGUGGAAAAAGCUUCAGUCAACAUAUACACCUUACUAGACAUCACAGAACCCACACAGGUGAGAAGCCAUUUGAAUGUCUGGAGUGUGGGAAGACCUUUGGACAGAGAGCACACCUUACGACCCAUGGACGAAUUCACUCAGGGGAGAAGCCAUUUAAAUGCCUGGAGUGUGGAAAGAGCUUCAGUCAACGUGCAGUUCUUGUUACACACCUCAGGUCCCACACAGGCGAGAGGCCUUUUGAAUGCCUGGACUGUGGGAAAAGCUUCAGUCAGUACAUACAUCUUGCUACACACCGUAGAACCCACACAGGCGAGAAACCAUUUGAAUGCCCGGAUUGUGGGAAAACCUUCGGGCAGAGGCCGCAUCUUAUAACCCAUGAAAGAAUUCAUUUAGGGCAGAAGCCAUUUGAAUGCCUGGAUUGUGGGAAAACUUUUCUACGGGGAGCACAUCUCACAACCCAUAAAAGAAUUCACUCAGGAGAGAAGCCAUUUAAAUGCCCGGAGUGUGGGAAAAGCUUCAGUCAACGUGCAGUGCUUGUUAGACAUCACAGGACCCACACAGGCGAGAAGCCUUUUGAGUGCCUGGAAUGUGGGAAAACCUUUGGACAGAGAGCACAUCUUAUAAACCAUAAAAGGAUUCACUCAAGGGGAGAAGCUGUUUAAAUGUCUUGAUUCUGGAAAGAGUUUUCAUCGGAAGAAAAACCUUUCUUGGCAACGUAGAAUCCUCACAGGUAAAAAACCAUUUUGAUGCCAAGAGUGUGGGAAGAUCUUCUCUCUCUCUCUCUCUCUCUCUCACACACACACACACACACACAAAGAUAUGGCCUUGUUUUCCAUGGAAGAUUUAAGGAGUGAAAUCUUAACAAUAUCGGGAGUGUGUAAUGAGCUUCCCUUUUUGGUGGAGAUCUUAUGAGAAGUGUUCUCACACGGUGAAGAAACUCUUUAAGUGUCUGGAGCACAGAACUCGUUUUAGUCAAAAGUCAGCACCUGCUUUCCAGCCAACAGUUCUCAUAGGAGAGAACUCUUAAGUGUCUGGAAAGUUCUUCAGAUAGAAUAGUCAUCUGUAAAACACAUGUCGUGCAGAAAUGACCUGAGUGUGGAAAAAUGCUUAAAAAGAGUUCAUACAGGUGAGAAACCCUUCAAGUGCCAAGAUUGUAGAAAAAGCUUCAGUCAGAAAGCUUUUGCAUCUCAGAGUUCACACAGGGGGAGAAACCUUACCUGGAGUGCAGAAAGACCUUCUGUUCAAGUGACAGGCUGAAUAAAUAGAGACCAUUUCAAUAUCAAGUAUUCAUGCUCAAAAUAAUCAAUAGAAAUGUUCCCGAUACAGUGUGAGAUAUUUUCUUAAAAUAGUUUCUUAGCAGAUCUUAGUGUGUACGCCUUCAAAAGAACACCUGUAACUGUUUCUCACUGUUUUUUUCUCCUCCCUGAGUAAAAAAAGGGGCCAACAAGGUUACCUCACGCCAGCCGGAACCAAAUAAAGCUGUGACAUUGGGCUGGACAUUUCUCAGCCUUCCAGGUGGACCAAAGUGAAGACUGCACCACUCUGGGCUGCAUAAGAGAAGAUCCAAUCCCCUGGACUUUUAUGGGUUUGUUCGGAAGAACACAGAGCCCUCUCGGAGCAGCCAGGAUGUUUCCCCCCUUCAAAAAAAAAAGUGCCACAGAAAAUAUGAUGAUGGCCCUUGCAGUCAUGGGGUCACAAAUGGAACUGUCAGUAGGAUGACAGAAGGAACCCCAGCAAGGCCUUAUUAUAGGCCACCUUCUGUUGUGUAAAGUCUCCUUCUGUGACAACUACAGUGUCCAGGAAGGGUUCAAGGCGGCCUUCCUUCCUAGCACACCUUUUGUUGUUCCCACACUCUUGGCAUUAAAAUUUAGGUUUACGGAGCAUAAAAUAUGUCAGAUUCACCCUGAAGUCAUCUUCAAACAGCGGCAAUCACUCCCAUUGUCUAUGUGGAGCUGUGCAACACAAUCUCAGACAUUGUUUUAGAUGUUUGAAAGCUGAAGGGUUCUGGAUAUACGGACUCCUUAAAACACCUUCCCCCCCCCCACAUGGUCACAUUAUGUGUUCUGUUGACUCGGACAGGAGGCAAAGAUGAUAAAUUCUGCAUAUGGAUUAAAAGAUGAGCUAUUUUGCAGUUCCGAUGUAUGGGUUAAUGAUGUUUAGCCUCAUGGAUUUGCUGUUUUUCUUUUUUUUAAUCUUUCCUUUUGGUUCAUUUUUUCCUUUUAUCGCCAUGGGUAAUAAAUAUUAUAGGAACACUGAAAGGAACAGUGUAGUCUUGGCACGGAUUUCUGUAGGAUAAAAAA